AUGCUCCGAGCCGCCGCGGAGACGCGGCCCGCCGAGGCCCAGGCGGAGGCGGCCGAGCGCAGCCCCGGCCCCGCGCCGCCCACCCAGUCCAAGCCGCUCACCUCCUUCCUCAUCCAGGACAUCCUGCGGGACCGCACGGAGCGGCGCGGCGGCGGCGGCGGCGGCCGCCCGGGCAGCGCUCAGCCCCCGAGCCAGUCCGAUCCCGGGCCCGACGGUGCGGCGGGGCCCGAGGCUGGAAGAGGCCGCGUCCAGGCGCUGGAGGAGCCGCUGCGCGCCGGACUCCGCGCCGCACCGGGGGAGGCGAGGACGGAGCCCGAUAGGCCUUUUGAGACUUAUCUUUUGGACUGUGAGCAUACUUCGGGCGCCUUACCAAGCCUGCCCCAGCCCACCAAGCAGCCGCCGAAGCGAUCCCGAGCCGCCUUCUCCCACACUCAGGUCAUCGAGCUAGAGAGGAAGUUCAGCCAUCAGAAGUACCUAUCGGCCCCUGAACGGGCUCACCUGGCCAAGAAUCUCAAGCUCACCGAGACCCAAGUGAAAAUAUGGUUCCAGAACAGACGCUAUAAGACGAAGCGGAAGCAGCUCUCUGCUGAUCUGGGAGACCUGGAGAAGCCUUCCUCCAUGCCAGCCCUCAAAGAAGAGGCCUUCUCUCGGGCCUCCCUGGUCUCUGUGUACAACAGUUACCCCUACUACCCCUACCUAUACUGUCUGGGCAGCUGGAGCCCCGCUUUCUGGUAAUGCCAGCUGAGAUAGCAACCGUGGAUGGUCCCAAACUGCCUGUCCCCUGAGGAAAGUGAGAGGGCAGAGGUCAGGGAGCCCUGGGGAGGAAGAGCUAUGCACACCCAGCCUGUUGGUGGUUCCUUACUAGUGGACCAAUGACUCUGAGUCUCUCCAUAGCUCACUGUGCAUACUAUACUGUAGGUUACCUCUCUGACCUCCCUGUUUGGAGGGGAGAGAUGGGAAAUCCAGGCUGCUGGUCUUUGGGUGAACAGCCAUGGGCACCCUUUCCUGAGCUGGCCGCAGCUCCAGUCUCUUGGGUGAUUGAUUUUCUACGCUGAAAAAGCCAGCCUACAGGGAGAAAGGGCAGCCAAGACAUGGAUGUCACCUACCGAAUUAAACUCAAGUUCAAAAGCUUCUUGUUGGCCUUGGAACGUGGCCAGGGUUUCUCUCUGUCCUUAUAAAA